GUCAACCACGCCACUAGAACCUCCACUGGAUCUAUUGCUCCGAAGUAGGGCAGGUACUCAUGUAGUUCAUCCCGAAUUUAUAUGAGAAAUCUUUGAAGUCUUUCUCUCCAUGGGCUCUCUCGUCAGCGCCUCACUUUCCUCCCUUCCCCUCCUCUCCUUCUUUUAACUUCUCAUCGACCUCCCUCACCAUACUCCACACCAAUACCGACCUCCUGCCAUCGCCCCCAAAAUCAAGCAGAGACUGGUUUAGACACGCGUCUAUCGCCAUGACAACUCUCCCACCUCCUAUCCCAGGCUUCCCCGACCCUGACGAGGCGCCCGGCACAGCCCUCGACACGGAAGGGCCGUCGUCGCCGCUCGAUGACAGGUACCAUGUGCAUAUAGAGCAAGCACAUGACGCCAAGAUGAACAUCAUCGUUGAAGACCGGGACAAAUCAGGCCGAACCAUCGUCCGCCGUUGGCUUCAUACUCCGGACAACAGGAUCAUCGAGAUACCCCUCAGCGAUAGACCGCGUUCCUCCUUGUUUCGUUCUUUGCAAAACUUUCGCCAAGUCAUCUUUGACGCCUUCCUCCCCAUCGGGUAUCCCAACUCCGUCGCACCCGACUACCUCCCGUAUCAGAUAUUCGACUCUCUCCAGGCCUUCUUCUCCACAAUCACCUCGCUGCUGGCCAACCGCGCGAUUCUCCAGGGCUUGGGUGUCGGCGACGCCUCGUCCUCAGCCACCUAUGCCCUUCUCCUCACCAUUCUCAAAGACGCCGUCUCUCGCGUCGCGACCAUCGUCUUCGCCUACCGCUUUGGGCUCUCCGUCGAGCCCGACGCCAAGCGCUACCGAUUCCUCGCCGACCUCUUCAACGACUCGGCCUUCUUUCUCGACCUCGCAAGUCCCUACUUGGGCACCUGGGCCAAAAUUGCCGCCCUGACUUUGGCAGAAGCCCUUCGUGCUCUUUGCGGUGUCGCCGCCGGAGCCAGUAAAGCCGCCCUCUCCAGUCACUUUGCCCGCAGCAACAAUUUGGCCGAGCUGAACGCCAAGGAAGCGAGUCAAGAGACCGCCAUCGGCCUAGUUGGCCUUCUCACCGGCAGCGUGAUUGUCCGCUUUGUCGAGUCCCGCGAAGCCGUCUUCUCCCUUAUGAUCCUCCUCGUCUUCGUCCAUUUGUGGAUGAACUAUCUGGGUGUGUGCUGCGUUCAACUGGAGACCCUCAACCGCCAGCGCACCACCAUCCUGGUCCAACAUUACCUCGGUACUGGCCAAGUGUUGACGCCUGCACAAGUGGCUCAGAGGGAGAAUAUCGUCUUCUGGGCCCCCUUCAUCAGAAACAAGGAUGGCGUCCUCGUCGCUCACGUCACCUACGCUCGAAGCUACCGCGAGGCCAUGCCGGAUGGUUACCAGCCUGUCGUUUACGGAGACGCGGGGUUCCGAUUGAUCAUAUGGCGCUCAACGGGCCCAGUCGUACCCAUGAAGAUCCUCCUCAGUGGCGACAAAGAGGAGGAAUUGGCCGCUCUGGAAGCUUGGAUUCUAGCUGUCAGGAUCGCUUGGAAUCUCGGACGGAAAGGUGGCGGGAACACUAAGGCGGGGAGGAUCAUCCCGAGGCUGCGCACCGGAGGCUGGCGUCUCGAUGAACACGGGUUCGAGACGGGCAUACCGAUUCGGACGUGGACCGCGGUAGUAGGAGAUGAAGACAAGGUCGAGGGGCAUGCCAAGAAGACGCAGUGAAAAAGACCGCCUGGGGAGUUGUUUCUCGGUCCUUGUGGAGUCAUUGGCCGUUGGAGCAAUUAAAAGGACUGGCAAGUAGUUUCGUGCUGCUGCGUAUAUACUGACAAGGUGGAGAGAUGGUUUCCUCGCUGGGAAACCGUGCUAGGCCAUUGCAUCGAGACGGUUUAACAGUCCGUCCGAGUUCGGUCUUCCUAAUACCCUAAAGACCGCUGGGAGGUGGGAUUUGCUUCCUUUCGGAUCCCUGGAAAGCGAUUAACCCAGUUA